GUACUCGUCUCUGCAUCCCCUCUUUGCCUUCCGCGCAAUUGGGCGCACCCGCACAACCCCGAGUCCCAUUCCCACGCAGGGCAGCAGCAUCCUCCCACUCUCUCUCCUACUCACUCUUACUAGUACUCGCUACUCGCUCAUACGCCGCGGUCGUCCAGACUGCCCCUGCCAAAUUAAAGCAGUGCUCUUCCCCAACUCAAGAACGCAGCUCUUUACUAGUAGCCCGUGUCCUCCUGAAGUUCAGCCAACUUUCCGCGAGAAAGUAACUUCCAAGGGUUUCUUUCCUACCGGCCCCACGGCAUUCCCGGAUUUCCACAGGCGAGCCCCACUGAGUUCGUUCCACUGCAACACCUUCAGCCCUUUUUUAAAAACUGUGGUUUUUAAGCGCCUCAAGAAUCAAAUUCAGCCUCUCUUUUUUAUACAUGGACUGCUUCGACGCGCUUCACGGCGGCAUGGCGGACUGGGGCGUGAGCGUGAGCCAGGAGGAGCUCCGCCUGCUCAGAACAGCCCUGCAGCACGCCGAGCAGCCAGACUGGCUGCUACCGGGUUCAAUGCAAGUUGAGAGUGGGGCGCCAGCAGCAGCAGCAGAAGCCCUGCCGCCUAGUUUCCAAUCGUCUCUAGUGGCAGCACCUGAUGCCCUGCCGAUGAAUGCAACCCACCCCUGCACUGGCCUGCUCCGAGUGGCCCAGCAGCGCGCCGAGCAGCCAGGCACGUUGCUAGCGGAGAGUGCGAUGGAGGGUGAGAGUGAGCUGGUGGCGCCCUCGGCAGCACUCCUGGAUGGCGGCAGUGGGUCCCUGGGCAGUGGGUCUCUGGGCAGUGGGUCUCCGGGCAGUGUACCCCCAGCAAACCUUCUGCUGAACCACACUCACGGCUCCGUUCCGCUGCUUCCUGAACAGAUGAUGAGUCAGCAGCAGCUGCCAACCAAUCAGACCCCGCCACCCAAUCAAAACCCCCAACCCAAUCAGACCCCGCCACCCAGUCAUCAGCUGCCAUUGCGGCCAGCUUCCCACCCCACCACCCAUCCUCCUCCCUCUCACGGCCCUCCCUUUCCCUCAGCGGCGUUCCCAGCGCUCUCGUCUCUCGCCCCACCACGUUUUGGCACAAAUAGAGGGCUCCUGGCGGCUCAACUCCAUGACCUCGCUGAAAUGAACGCUCUCCAGGCCACGAAGCGGAGGCGGGGUAACACUGCUGCCGCUGCAGCUGCUGCAGCUGCUACAACUUCUCCUGCUGCUCCUUCUGCUCCUUCUGCUCCUGCUGCUGGUGCUGGUACGGGUCCUGGUGCUGUUGCUGGUGUUGCUGCAGUGAUCUCUGGCCUUUCCGGAGAGGAAACGGACGCCUGGUCCCCUGACAACGGGUUACGGAACACAAGAGCGCGUGUGGGGGAAGCCUCCAGCUGCGGAGUGCGGGGCGCAGAGGCAACGCCCUCCACGUGGCAGCAUGCUGUGGUGCCACCAGUGCUCCGGGAGGGACAGCCAUGUCCUGGGAGGAUGCUGCAGAAUCAGGCAGUUUGGCCUGGCUCGGCCCGUGGCUCGGCCCGUGGCUCGGCCCGUGGCUCGGCCCGUGGCUCGGCCCGUGGCUCGGCCCGUGGCUCAGGGAAUGGCCUGAUCCCCACGACGCACCCUCUCGACGCCCUAACUAAAGCUCUGAUGCUGCCCCUGGUGCAGCCUUGUGAGAUGCAGCCCCGUGUUAGCAGCCCAGGGUGCCUUGAGGCGGGCCAACAGUUUGUUGUGGAGGCUGUUGUGACUCUUGAGAGCCUGGCGCUUCCCGAGUGCCUUUUGAGCGCAUCGCCAGCAGCUCUGGCUCCCAUGCGCCCGAACCCGAACGCCCUCCUCAACGCCCACUUCAACGCCCACACCGACACUCGCUCCCUAAGCACUCACUCCAGGGCUGCUGCAUCACCUGCCAGGCGAUCUGUGCUGCCGUCUCUGCUGCCGCCCCAUGAGACGCAGACACAGGCGUUGCCAGGAGAGUCACCCCCCCUGGAAUCACAGCCGCUGCCCACCCUGCCAGCCCAGACUCCCUCCGCCUGCAGCAAGCCUGACCAAGAAGCUAAUUCCGGGAAUUUUCCCAGGCUGCUGAGUGCUGCAGCUGCCGCUGCCGCUGCGCCAGCCAUGCUGCUCCCAUCUCUGGCGUGUGAGCAGGGGGUGUCGCCUAGCGGACUCUUGAGAGUCAAUGGGCAGGCACCUGGCAGCACCGCUCUGCACCCACCGGUGUCGCCAGAGAUGAACUUUAAACCGCCUUGGGACCGGGAUGGGUCAACCAAGCCGCCGCCAUCGACACCGAAUCCGCUCGUGCUGCAAUUGCGUGCUCUGGACUCACAUGCUCACCAACCCUUCACGCUACGGUCACCGCAUGUACAGCCCCGCACGGGGCAGUCAGCAGCUCUGGAGUCGGUGGUGACCCCUGAGCAGCUCACAGGAUCAAACACGCCCCUGUCAGCCCCAUUGCAUCCAUCUCCUCUCUUUUCAAGGCUGGAGGUGGAAACAGGGAGGUGGGCAGCAGGGGUGGGGAUGCGUGGUGAGAGGAGAGAGCAGCAAGCAGCAGCUGGGGUCAGAUCUCUGUCGCCAAAGGGCGCGAUGGGAGGGCGAGGGGGGAGGAGAAUCAGUGGGAAGAGCGCCACUGAGAAGCACCGGCGGUCCAGAAUAGCAGAGCGAAUGGAGGCACUCAAGGCGGCGAUACCAGCGGAGGUGCUGGUGAGGAGGCAGAGCCAGGCGGGGUUCAGCAGUCGCACACAGAUCGCCACGCUGCUGGAUGCUGCUGUGGACUUCAUCGAGGGCAUGCGGCAGUACAAGCAGGAGCUGGAGAAACAGCUUCUUGCAUUGUAGCACCGGUACUUCUUGGGAUGGGAGGCACGUCAAUACGCUUACCGGUAUGCUGCUGUGGACUUCAUCAAGGGCAUUGCCAGUACAAGCAGGAGCUGGAGAGACAACUGGUUGCACCAUGAUGCUAUUCAGGGAUCCUAGUAGAUGCAUUACAGCCCUAAUGGUCACGGGAAAACUCCAAGCCUCUGCCAGGGCGCACUUGUCAGCAGAUAUAGCCGCUCUGCUAGCUGCUGCUGCGGGCUUCAGUGCAAGCAGUUGUCUCUCCAGUUCAAGCUGGAGCUGGAGAGGCAGCUGCUUGAGUUGCAGCACCAGUAUUUCUUUGAAGGCACGCAGUUGUCUUUGAGUUGCAGCACCGGUAUUUCUUUGAAGGCAUGCAGUUGUCUUUGAGUUGCAGCACCGUUGUCUUUGAGUUGCAGCACCGGUAUUUCUUUGAAGGCACGCAGUUGUCUUUGAGUUGCAACACCGGUAUUUCUUCGAAGGCAUGCAGUAGUCUUUGAGUUGUAGCACCGGUAUUUCUUUGAAGGCACACCAAUACUUUCGUGCUGCUGCGGGCUUCAGUGCAAGCAGUUGUCUCUCCCAUUCAAGCAAGCACAGGGCUGCAUGGCCAGCUCAUAUUGUAUCAAUUGUGAAA